UAUACCUAACCAAGGUUUUGCAAAUGUCAAAAUAAGCUUUGCACGUUUACCUUUUAAACAAAUCUAAUUAAUUAGAAUAUGUCAUUUCCCUUUUUGUAUAAAGACUAAUUUUAUACAGUAACUUAAAUUAACAAGAUAGUUUUAAAAAUGGAAGAUCUACAAAUAUUGGAGGAAGAGGCUAAGGCAAGGGGAGCAAAAUAUGUGUCUAAUUUGAUGCAACGACCAGGUCAAAUGGAAAAAAUUGAUAUGUACAAACGUAGAAUAAGUCGGAAGAAAGCUUCCGUGGAUACUAUGCUCAAAACUGCAAUGCAAAGUCAAUUAGAUGGAGUUCAUGUAGGCUUCGAACAACUGAAAAGUUCUUUAGAGAGUAUUGCUUCUAUAAAAGAAGAUUUGAACAAUACUAUUAAAUUAUUCAGUAAGAUCCCAGAACUUAGUGCAAAAUUACAAGCUGUUCAAGAAGAAAAUAUGCGUCAUUCACAAUAUGUUACUGCCAAAGAAAAUUUGAAACAUACAUUUACUUUGCCUGAAAGUGUUGAAAUGACUAAACAAUGGAUAAAUCAAGGUAAUCUUCUGUAUGCUCAUCAGAUCAUUAUGGAUCUUGAAAACUCAAGAGAUGAUUUGCUAUAUGAACUUCACAAACUUCCAAAUCAAUCACCAGCUGAUACUGUUAUGUUGAAAGCUUAUUUAGAAGAUGUUGAAAUGCUUUCACAGCUAAUGGAAAAGCAGAUAAGAUUGGUAAUGAGUCGUACAUUAAACACAGUCAGAAAAGAACCUACUGUUAUUGUAACAGCAUUGAGAAUUAUAGAAAGAGAAGAGAAAGCAGAUCAUUUUGCUAUUCAAAGACAUAAACAAAGUGGAUUCAUGCCACCAGGGAGACCUAAAUUGUGGAAAAAUAUGGCAAUGAAAGUCUUGGAAAAAUCUGUAGCCAAUAGAAUUGAAGGGACUCAUGUUGAAGAAAGAGCAGAUAAUAAAAUGUGGUUAGUUAGGUAUUUAGAGCUUACAAGACUUUUAAUCCUGGAAGACUUGAGAGUUGUUAAAACUCUUUGUGAACCUUGUUUUCCACCUUGGUAUAACAUUGUCAGAACUUUUGUCAAAAUGUAUCAUACAAGUUUGUCACAACACUUGAAGGACAUAAUUGCCAAUGGUUUAGAAGGAAAUGAAUACGUAUCUUUGUUAGCAUGGAUUAUGAAUACUUAUACUGGACCAGAGCUGAUGCAACAUUCUGAAUUAAAUAUUGAUACUAGUGACAUUGGUCCUUUAUUAAGCACUGAAAUUGUGAAUGAUCUUCAAGAAAAGUAUUUGAAAAAUAUGUGUCAAAAUUAUGAGGAUUGGAUGAAGAAAACUUUGGAAACUGAAAAAGUGGAUUGGUGGUGUGGAGUGUUACCAGAAGGGACUACUCAAGAAGCGUACUAUCACACAGCAGCACCUGUGAUUAUAUUUCAAAUGAUUGAUCAAAAUCUUCAAGUUACAAAAACAAUUAGCUCUGAAUUAACAGCACAAGCUAUAGUUCUAUGUAUUGAACAAGUGAUUAAGUAUGGAUUCAUGUAUAGACAAGCAAUAUUGGAAUUCAAAAGCAAACAUUUUGAGGAUAGAAGUCAAGUACCUUACUUUACACAUCAUAUGAUUACAAUUGUCAAUAAUUGUUUACAAUUUACAGAAUUAGCACAGCAAAUGAAACAAUUAUAUUGGGUACCUAAUGCUAGUGGAGAUGCUACUGUUAAAUUUGAAAAUUUAUUAUCAAAUUAUCAACAAUUACGAAAUGAAGCUGCAGCCAUACUACUAGAAGAAUCUUUCUUAGAUUUAGAAUUGCAAUUUCAAGAUUUGAUUACACCCAAAUGGUUAUCAUCUUCCAUCCCAGUAGAAACCAUUUGUGUGACUUUAGAAGACUACUUUCAAGAUUACAAUCAUCUGUGUCCAAGAAACUUUGAAUAUGUUAUUACAGAAGCACAAAAUCUCAUUGCAAAACGUUAUAUCUCUGCAAUGCUGCAAAGAAAAAUAUCUCUAAAAACGUAUGAUGAAUGUUUAACAUGUACAUCAAAAAUAAUGACAGAAGCAGAUAAACUGAAACAUUUUUUUGAUAGAAUAGCUCCAAAAGUAGGAAAUUUUAAUUCUCCCUUUGAGAUAAUUAAACGUCUUGCGGAAGUAUUACGUUGUGAAGAUUCCGAAAUUCUUUCUCUUGAUUUACAUUCUUUAGUUGAAAAAUAUCCAGACAUGACAGAGGAUCAUCUGGUCAGAUUAUUAGGUCUCAGAGGUGAUAUUUCUCGCAGUGAAGCACGAGAAAAAGUUUCAUACAUUUUAGAAGCUCAACGAAAUCGUAAAGCUCCGCAAUCUAUUAUACACAGUAUAUUUAAGCAAAUAGUUAUACAGGACAGUUUCCUCAGUUGGAAACCUUGA